AAGUCAACAGAAGCCCUGUUCCUUUGGGGAAUGCAAUUCAUCUCCUAAAAGGGAGCUCCCCUUCCCGGGCUCUCCAGGAGAUCCGGACACAGGCAACUAACUCCAAAGAAAGCUAGAGGGGAACAUGACCACCCUUUCUCCAGAAAACAGCCUCUCUGCAAGGCGGUCAGCCACCUUCAUCUUGGAGAAGAGAAACCCUCCCAUUGACAAGACGGAAUGGGACAGCUUCUUCGACGAGAACGGUCACUUGGCCAAAACUCGGGACUUCAUUUGUGUUAACAUCCUGGAAAGGGGUCUACACCCCUUUGUGAGGACGGAAGCCUGGAAGUUCCUCACAGGCUACUACUCAUGGCAGAGUUCCCGGGACGAGCGGCUCAUGGUGGACACCAACAGGAGGAGGAACUACAAAGCCUUGUGCCAGAUGUAUGAGAAAAUCCGGCCCCUGCUAGAAAACUUGCAUGGGAACUUCACAGAGACUCGGAACAAUAUUGCAUAUGACAUUCAGAAACUCUAUGACAAGGAUCCCCUGGGCAAUGUGCUUGUGGACAAGAAGAAACUGGAGAAGACCCUACUGCUGAGUUAUGUCUGCAACACAAAGGCUGAGUACCAACGAGGCUUCCAUGAGAUGGUGAUGCUUUUCCAGCUGAUGGUUGAGCACGACCAUGAGACCUUCUGGCUCUUCCAGUUCUUCCUGCAGAAAACAGAGCACAGCUGUGUCAUCAACAUCGGGGUAGGCAAGAACCUGCAUAUGCUCAACAAUCUGAUUGCUUUACUGGACCCUGAAUUUUCUGAACACCUCAAAGGGAAGGGCUCAGGCGCUGUGCAGUCCCUCUUCCCCUGGUUCUGCCUCUGCUUCCAGCGUGCCUUCAAAUCCUUUGAUGACGUCUGGAGGCUUUGGGAGGUCCUGCUGACAGGGAAGCCUUGCAGGAAUUUCCAGGUGCUGGUGGCCUACAGCAUGCUACAGAUGGUGCGUGAGCAGGCACUGCUGGAGAGCAUGAGUGGUGAUGCCAUCCUCCUGGCCUGCAACAACCUCAUCGACCUUGAUGCUGAUGAGCUGAUCUCUGCUGCCUGCAUGGUUUUUGCUGAGCUCAUGCAAAAGGAGAUUCCUCAGCCAUUAAAGGAUUUCUUUUUCUGAGAACAUGGACACUCACAAUGGACACAUGCCCUCAAUGGACUGGAUGAAGGCAAUUCUUCAAUAAUGGGGUCAGGAUCAAGUUCAAUGAGUAUUGGUGUGAGGGCAUAAACAACAUAACACCGUUGAAACAGCCUCUGCAGUAUUGGUUUGUGGUGGUCACAUGUCUUCCUUGACCUUGGAGUGCAUGAUGGUCGAGACAAUAUAGUAAGUGAGCAUCCGCUGUAAGGCUAUGGAGAAGGCACCCUGGGACAGGACGGUGUGGGACAGCCACUCUUCACAAGUGAUAGGUCUUCAGAGGUCCACACCUGAAAGCAAAUGGGUAGGAGAGGACCAACUCUGAGUGAACACACAGAGAUUCCUACAUCUAGUUCUAAGGGGAGGGAGCUCUAGCCUUUACAUCUGUCCUCACAAUCCCUUUACUCUCAACAUAGUCCUCAGAUUCUCUCCCACCCCCAGGCUUCCCGCCAACGAUGGACGGACUAACCCAAACCUCUGACCAUCAGACUGUUCCCCUCCUGGUCUCAAAGUCCCCCUCAUAACUCUACCUUUAUCCUCCACCUCCAAGUGUCUCGUUGGUGGAAGCCAGGAUUCCCAGCCUUCCCCCAUCCUCUCCUGAGACUUCAUUCUGUCCUUGCUCAGGAAACUGCUCUCUCCUGAAGCAAGAGGCAUGCCAUAGGCUUCAAGCUCCAUGUCCAACCUACCAAGGCUCUGGUGAGCCAUAGUGCCAGUAGGCAUGGAGAAGGGGAUGGACCUACAGAGGGCUUUGGGUUGGCUAGGUGCCCCAAAGUUGCACAUAGGCACAUAGGCACACACACACACACACACACACACACACACACACACACACUCAGGUGCCACAUUUUUUCAGCAAAUCUGGUGGGUCCAUUGGUUUUGCUGCAGACCCUGGCCCUGGGGGUGAGGCAACAUCUUUCCCAUUCUCCAGCCAACAACACCUCUCUUUCCUGCUUUUAAAAUGUCAGGCUCAGUGACCACCACUCAGAAGGUAUUCCGCCUCUCUGUAUUUUCUGGUCUUCUCCUCUCAAGUGACAGUCUCCCAUCUAUGGUUGACUCUGAGUCAUUUAGCUGUUGUUUUUUAAGGAGGCGGAGGCUCUGAAUAGUGGAGCCCUGUACCACCAACAAUGUUUCCUCUGCCUGGAUAAGAAGAGAGCGCUUGUCAUCAGCAAAGCUUGUGGGUGAAUUCAUGUGCUGUGCUCUCUUCAGCUCUGUGUUCUCAAGACAAGGCAAGAUAGCAUUCUUGCAUGGAAAACAGUUCUCCAUGAAGGAAACUAUGCUUUUUAUUUUCCUAAAUAACCAUAUAGAGUAAAACAUUUUCCUGACUUAAACUUGGCACUGAACAGCAGAUGCAUACUCUUCCAUGGUCCUUGAACUUGGUAGUAUAAGUUAAGCCCAUGACUUUUGGUUAGAAUAGACACACAUUAUUACUAAGCUCAAGAAUAAAAAAAUCUCAGCAAUUCUAA